AUGUCUGGGAUGAUCGAUACGGAGGUGGUAAUAGGCGUGAGAAAUGGGGAGCGGAGUGGAUAAAGGACCGCAGGACAGUCUCGAGGAAAAAAUAGGUCGGACGGAUGAAUCAAUUGCGGCGAGAGGCGGUGGCUGCGGAAGACUUCCGAAGCGGCUGCCCAUAUUCGUCGCGUACAGAAGCUGGCGGUCCUAGAGACUCCGCCUCCUUUUGGGUGUUGUGUUUGUGCCGCCGUCUGUGUGCUUCUUUUCACCUUCUAGAGGUCACUGUUUACCGCUCACGUGGCGCUGACCACCACAAUGCCUGA